CAAGAACGAGAUUGGAGUCUUUUUACGUCCCAGCAUCCUCCAAAGCACCGCAGCGACCAUCCGUGCCCUCCCUCGAUUAUAAGCAUCUUCCGACGAUUAUUCAAAAUGGCUGCGCUCGCAAAGGCUAUCAACGCCAAGAUCAGGUCCAACCCGAUGUUGAGCUAUGUCUGCACAACUCACUUUUGGGGACCUGUUUCCAACUUUGGCAUUCCUAUUGCUGCUGUGCUGGAUACCCAGAAGAGCCCUGAUCUGAUCUCCGGACAGAUGACCGCCGCCCUUACCGUCUACUCCUUGACCUUUAUGCGAUACGCUCUUGCUGUCUCCCCCAAGAACUACCUCCUGUUCGGAUGCCACGUUGUCAACUCAUGCGCUCAGCUCACCCAGGGCUACCGAUACAUGUCAUACCACCACUGGGGCGGAAAGGAGAAGGCGGCUUUGACGGCUGUGGACCAGGGCGUUGAGGCUGGCAAGGAGUCAGCACCUAGCAAAUAAAUCAGCUUGGGGAAACAAAAAUUUUGGUGCACAAAAUGGAAACUGAGACGCUGAAAAGCGUGGACAAAAGUCGGUGGAAUAGGAGGAGGGACGAUGAGCACUGCGGUAGAUCAGGGUUGAAAAGGAAAGUUCAUUUGAAGAGAGGCCAAAGUCUCAAGACUAGAGGAUUUCGAUGGCUUGUGCAGGCUCUUCCACGUCUGAUGAAGCUUGCAGCUGCUGUAUUAUACAUUUUUACAUCUCCGAGCCAUUUCAUAGAAGGGAUCUGGAGCUUCAGGUAUUUGGACAAAUAAUAAUAGCUUGGGAGAUUUAUUUGCACCUAGCAACUGAUUCAUCAUCUUGCGGGGAACACAAGGUUUUG